UUUUUCACAGUAAAUAAAAGUCAGACAGUAUACAUAUUUUGUAAAAUUUCAAUAUUUUGUACGGAAUAUUUGUUAACACUGCAUAAUGUCGCUCUUUGAUGACUACUUGGAAUCAGUUCAAGCUUCUAAUAGCAAUGAUAAUAAUAAUAAUAAAUCGAAUGAUAUUUUAAAUAAGAAUGAAGAGUUGACUGUAAUGUCAAAGAAUAUGAAGAAAGCAACUGGCUAUAUAGCAGUUGGUUCGUAUGAACAUGGAGACCCUAUGUUUUCUCUUCAAUAUGUUCAAUUUCAACUACCCGACACAUUAGUUGAUCUUGCUGUUCAAAACAAUAUAUUGGCAGCUAUUCUCGAUAAUUUUCGUAUUAUAAGAAUCGAUCUUGAUAAUCCCCUGGAAGUCGACAUGGUUGAGAUUUCGAGAAAGUCAACUUCGAAUAAAGCUAUUAAAUUGUUUUUGGAUCCCACAGGUCGGCAUAUUAUAGUGACAUCAAGUAAUGGUGAAAAUUAUUACUUGUUCCAUAAAUGGAGAAGAACAAAGGAAUUAUCAAAACUAAGAGAUAUCACAAUUACUUCGAUUGCCUGGAACAAAUAUGUGAGCCCUUCUAGUCCAACAACUGGAGAAAUCUUAGUAGGCACGAAUACUGGUAUUGUUUAUGAGACAUGUAUAGAGCCGACUGAUGAAUUCUUUAAACGUGAAGAAAAAUAUAUGACUAAAGUAUUUUCAUUAAAUGAGCCAUCAAUGCCCAUUACCGGUUUACAAUUUGAACGAUUUCCAACUGAUCAUCAAAAGUAUUUUGUCAUGUUGUCAACACCCUCACGACUUUAUCAUUUUACUGGUUUUAUAAAUACAGAUGGUGAUAAAACUCUGUUUGCUUGUCUAUUUUCCAACUACGAGGAUCAUCCUGAGUUUCAAGAACUUCCUAGCGAUCUUAACUAUAGUCGUAUGUUAUUUUUUAACCGAUUCCCUGAAUUACAGAUGGAGGGCGUACCACAAGUGUUUGCAUGGUUAAUUGGGGUAGGAAUUUAUUAUGGCCAUCUCAGCUUUAAUGAGAAAGAUGAUCACCUUUUAAAUGAUGCUAAUUUAAUACCAUUCCCACCCACAACUUAUGAUGAGAAUACAGAUACCUUGAUUACAGAUCAACCUAUUUCAUUUAUCAUUACCGAGUUUCAUUUUGUGCUGCUCUAUAAGCGUUACGUGCGAGCUAUGUGUCGACUAAGUGAUAAGAUCGUAUACGAAGAGAUGAUCCCGCUCAAUCAAGAUGAGGUUGUGAGAGGUAUGACAGUUGAUGAUAUAAAGCGCACUUAUUGGAUUUAUACGUCGGACGCUAUUUAUGAGCUUGUGAUUCAUGAUGAGGAACGAGAUGUAUGGAAGCUCUAUUUGCAGAAGAAAGAAUAUGCAAUGGCACUACAAUAUUGUAAGGAGCCAUCGCAACGAACACAAGUUUAUACAGCGCAGGCUCAAGAAGAUUUUGAACAACACCGUUAUAUGGAAAGUGCCAAAUAUUUUGCCCAAAGUGCUGUGCCAUUUGAAGAAGUUGCACUCAAGUUUACGAAAAAGAAGGAAAGAGAUGCAUUACGGUUUUUCCUGAUAAGUCGAUUGGAACAAUUUGAUUCAAAUGAUCGCACUCAAAAGACAUUAAUAGCAACAUGGCUUGUAGAGCUUUACUUGCAAAAGAUGAACCAAUUAGAAGAAAUAACGGCCUCCAUCAAUUUCACCAACAACAGUAAUAAGAAAAUGAAUUCACAUUAUAAAGAUGAAUUACAAGAUAUUAAAGAUGAAUUCUAUACGUUCUUGGAAACAUUUGGCCAUUGUUUGCAUAUACCAACAACCUAUAAACUCAUCUCUCGUCAUGGCUUCAAUUCAGAAUUAUUAAAUUUUGCGUCUUAUAUUGGAGAUCAUGAAAAAAUAAUUGAACAUUGGAUUUCAGAAAAGAAUUGGGAAAGAGUCAUCAAAGCUUUGGAUGGUCAAAAUAAUCUCGAGUUAUUUUAUAAGUUUAGUACGCCACUAAUGGAAAACAUUCCUGAAAAAACAGUAGACGUAUGGAUUAAUUAUCCUAAAUUGAACCCGAGAUAUCUUAUUCCUGCACUGCUACGAUAUAAUCAUUCAAAUAAAAAUUCUGAGAAUCAAGCUAUUCGAUAUCUUUUCUAUGUGGUAUCUGUACUAGGCAAUAAAGAUCCAGUUAUUCAUAAUUUCCUUUUAACAUUAUAUGCGACACAGCCAACAGACGAUGAAACUGCACUUUUGACAUUUUUGAAAAAUGAGGGGCGAGAAAUGCAUUAUAAACUUGAUUAUGCUUUAAGGAUUUGCAGUCAAAAUGGACGAACACAAAGUUGUGUACAUCUUUACAGUCAAAUGGGUCUUUUCGAAGAAGCUGUAAACUUAGCCUUAGAGCAUCAUAACUUAAAUUUAGCAAAAUCCAGUGCUGAUAGACUCGAGGAUGAUAAUGCACUUCGAAAAAAACUAUGGAUUAAUAUUGCAAAAUAUGUUAUUCAAAACAAUAAAAACAUAAAAGUAGCUAUGCAAUUUUUAAAGAAAUGCGACUUGCUAAAGAUAGAAGAUAUUUUGCCAUUCUUUCCUGAUUAUGUGCUAAUCGAUGACUUUAAAGAUGAGAUUUGCUCUGCAUUAGAAGAAUAUAAUAUUAGUAUAGAAGAGCUUAAGGUAGAAAUGGAUGAAGCCACUUCAAGUGCUGAGCAUAUUCGAAUCGAUGUUCGUAAACUACGUAAGAGGUUUUCCAUUAUUGAUAAGGAACAAACUUGCUAUUUAUGCAAAUUUCCUUUGCUGACCCGGCAGUUUUAUGUGUUUUCUUGUAAUCACGAAUAUCAUGUAGAUUGCCUAAGAAAUAGAGUUGCAAAAGAUUUACCUACACGUCAAAUUAAAAAACUAGCAGAUAUUCAAGAGCAACUUUCGCAUGAAUUUAAGCUAGUUAGAACUCUACAGACAAUGGACGAAGAAAAGGAAAUUGCUUUACGUAUUGAUGAGUUAAGGCAUCAAUUUGAUCAUAUUAUUGCGAAUCAAUGUGUAAUGUGUGGUGAUAUUAUGAUUAAUUCGAUUGAUGUACCCUUUAUUGGAGAAGAUGAAGCUGAUGUAGCUGCUAGUUGGGUUAUUUAAAUUAGGGAAUUUGUUGUGUAAAUACCAUUAUAUACAUAAAUAUUUAUAUACAUAUAUAUCAACCUUUUUUUUUUCCUUGUAUUUAAAAUGGAUGAAAUUGCUUUCUACAGUUAUAAGAAAAGUAUUUUUAUGUCAUAAUAAAUUUUGUUCACAUUAAUCAACAUACCUAUAAUUUAUUAUAAAAACGAA